UGAAACAGCUAUUAUUACGUCGGGUAGGGGCGGACGCGGCAAGUGGUCGGUUGCGCACGGCGCGGUGGAGGGUGCCACUCUCGGUCUUUGCCCCGGCGCACGGACGUUUUUCAUUUCUUUCUUUCUUCCUUUCAUUCGUCGUCGUCGUCGUCGUCGUCACGCACACAGUCCACGGCGGUCCGCGCACUACCACCGGCAGCUAUACGAUAAUUCAUAAUAGAUUUAUCAUAAUACACACGACUACGUCCGUCAACAAAACGCUUGCAUUACGACUGUGACCGCGGUAUACAUAUUCAUAUAUCGGUAACGAAUACUAUACUAGAAGCUAUACCAUGGUACCGUUGAACCAGACAAGGUCGUCCGCCCUGGGACGUCGCAACCGGAUCCGAGGCCCAUCGCUGCUGUUGGUGGCCUACGCGUGCGUCUGUAUCUGUGGCAGCCAAGUUCAGUCACAGAGAGCCGGCAGCGGAAACCGGGAUGCACCGGUGGUCAACAUCCCCAGGCAGGGUGCGGUUUCCGGUGUUGAGGUGCAGCUCAACAAGAUCGGGAACAGGGCCUGGACGUACCUGGGCAUACCGUUCGCCAAGCCACCCAUCGGCAACCUGCGGUUUGCGCCGCCUGAUGUCGAUCCUCCGCCCACGUGGAGCGGCGUCCUCGUUGGGUCCGCACACAAGCCAGCCUGCAUCCCGGAUCCGCCAGUCCGGUCACAUCCUGUCCAUCGGCUGUUCUCCACCGUCACUCCUGGUCCUGUCAAGAUUUCCGAAGACUGCCUGUACCUGAACGUCUAUAGACCCGAAGGUGCGGUUCCGGAAGAAAAGUUUCCAGUCAUGGUUUGGUUUCAUCCCGGUGAUUUUCAUUGGGGUACACCGAUUUAUUGGGACGCUUCAGUUUUGGCCGCAAGACACAAAGUGAUCGUGGUAACGACGGCCUAUCGGUUGAACAUACUGGGUUUCUAUACAGACAACACUGCAGAGGCGUCGGGCAACUGGGGACUGAUGGACCAGGCGGCCGCACUGGACUGGGUGCAACGGAACAUCGAAAACUUCGGCGGCGCGGCGCAGAACGUGACUGUGUUCGGACAGGGCUCAGGCGCAGUGAGCGUGGGCCUGCAUGUGGUGUCACCCGGGUCCCGGGACAAGUUCCAACGGGCGAUCAGCAUGAGUGGGAACGCACUGCUUCGGACGGCCGUGAUGACAUCGGACGGACCGGAAGCGGUACUUGACGCGCUGGCUGACAAGUUCAACUGCUUCCGGAACACGUUGACCGGGUGCCUGCGGAACGUGGACGCCGAGUUGCUAGUGAAGGGUGGUGGUUCAUUGACUCGUUGGGGCCCGGUGGUCGACGGCCUGGCGCUAGCCAACGACAGCAGCGGCCUAGAACCAUUUCUACCGGACAUGCCGGCCUCGCUUAUGGAGGAUGGCCGGUUUGCCGCUGUUCCACACAUGAUCGGCUACAACCGGAUGGAGGAUGCGUUCGAUGCGUUUGACAUUGGGGACGGCGGUGGCGGUGGCGGUGAGGGCAUAACCAGAGAUCGGUUUGAGGCGUUAGUGCGAGAAGACGUCGCGGACGAAGACGAGGACGAUCGUCGGAUGCGUGAGCUGCGGCGGCUUCAGCAGCAACAGCAACAGCAGCCCGCCUCUACGGCCACCACUGGUGAAGGAGUCAGUGGCCCUUCGGACGGUAGCAGUGUUGGUGGCGUCGCCGAUGAUGAGGGGAACUGUACGCUGGACGCCGACUUUGUAGUGGACACAGUCGUGUUGCGGUAUGCCAGGCAGACGGACGACCCAGAAACUCUGCGCCGGAACUACGUGAUCAUGUCUGCCAACAAGGUAUACGGGGCCACCGGUUACCGGGUGGCCGGUUACGUGUCACGUCUGAAUGCCACCUACGUGUACCGGUACGAGUACAAGCUGCGUGCGACCAAAGCGCUGCCUGCCGCCGCCGAGUGGAUGGACGCGCCACACGGUGCCGAGCUGCCCGUCGUGUGGGGCAUGCCGUACUGGCCGUCGGCUGCGGCCAUCGAUUGGACGGCAGCAGACCGCCGAAUGUCGGACACCAUGAUGGCAAUGUGGACGAAUUUCGCCCGGCACGCUGACCCGGCACACAGAUCAGCCGCCGUCAACGUCCGGUGGGACGAGUACGAGACGCGCAGCCCCCGCGCCAUGGUGCUGGACAAGGUGCCAAACAUGUCACAACCUGAACAGGAACCUGAGUUCUGGAACGAGUACUAUCCCAAGGUGCUGGCUGUCGCCCUGCAGUGCUGCCCCAAUCACACCAUAGAAUCAGCCGCUACCACCAUUGUCGGGGGAGCCGGGCCCGCCACCCUGAUUGCACUGGGUCUGAUGGCCCUGUCGUCGCCGUUGAUCACAGACUCACUGUUGCUGGUGGUGUGAGCACGCCAGCUGACCACACGAAUGCCAACCUAAUGUUAUUUUAUCGCAUGGACAAUGAUUAUUUCAGUAUAAUAUGCGUUACUACUAUAGCUAUGUAGUCCUUUAAUUAUUAUAUUGUCAUUCUUACCAGGUCAGUGAAAUGCGUUUUGAAUUUUUAAACUACGAGAAUGCCAAAAGCGCGCAAUCGCGUCUUGGAUAGGGGUUGGGCGUCAAGUCGGGAGCUUAUCGAUUUCUCUCCCUAAAAUACUUGUUUUGUAAAUGACAUUGAAUUCACGUGAAAUAUUACGCACGAAAUAAAUAUUAUAAUAAUUAUGUAGGUAUUGUAUGAAAUAUCGGAAAACGAUAACUGCUCCACUGCACCAUCACGCCAGUCGUGAAAGUCGACAAUAAGUAGUACCUUACACGAACCACACUGAUAAUUCGGUUUUAUAUGUAUAAAUAUUAAAUAUAUAUAUAAAAUAUAAAUUAAAGCAAAUUUAUAAAAGUUGUCAAAACAAAA